AUGUCAAAAGAAGCUUCGGGGACACGCAACUACUGGACUGUAGAGGAAGACGAGAUGCUUCGCAGGAAUUCAACGGGCACGAUCAAGAACUGGAACGAAAUCGCAUUAAAACUCCCUGGACGAUCGAACAAAGAUUGUCGAAAACGAUGGAGCAAGGUUGGAAUGAACGUGAACAGGGGUCAUUGGAGCGUGGAUGAGGAUAAUCGGCUACGAAAAGCAGUUGAGCUGCAUGGUUACUCUUGGACCACGGUCGCCCGAGAAGUUGAGACUCGGCAUGCUGAUCAAUGUGCCAAAAGAUGGUGCGACUUUCUAGAUCCUGCGCUGAGCCGUAAGGAGUGGAGCGGGGAGGAAUAUGACCGUCUAUUGGAGGCAGUCCAAACUUAUGGACGCAGUUGGAAGCUUAUCUGCGAGAAGGUCUUUCCAAACAGAUCGGCAACUGAUAUCAAAAACAGAUACGCUGUUGCCCAAAAGAGAUGCGAGAAUAACCUGGAGUUUUCUCACCAUGACUCUAGGAUCUCUGAGGAGAUGGGGAUAUUGAGUCUACGCAAUUCCUGCAGCAGUGACUCCAGAUCAGACGUACUCUCUGGUGUGAAUUUGCCGGACAUGAAUAAGGAGUUGGACUAUCCCCCCCAACUUGAAGCUUUUCCAUCUCCCCUUGCGGAAUAUUCAGCCGCUACUAAUACUACAUCUUUACCGCGAAACUAUACCCUGGCCGCUACAUUCCCUGAUUUCUCAGAACUGGCCAUCCCGUAUCCAGCCACGGAGCCCCAUAUACCUAGUCGGUCCUUUGACAGGAGUCGGCACGAUUCAUCCUCCAAUACAAGAGUGUCUAUAGUCACGGAGAGCUUUGUCGCAAAUAACAAGCUUUCACUAGAUCCAAAUAUAGGUUGCACCACCCCCUCUACAUCCUCUGUUACAGGAUCUUUCAUUCCGCAUGGAUCUUUUUCUUUUUUCGAUGGCGACCACCAAACCGACAUUCCAAUGGUGGAUACUACAGCGACAAGUGAUCUUUCCAAUAAUGACGAAAAAUCGAGAGAUACCUCACCGAAUACAUAUACAGUGCUUCUAGAGGAUGUCCAACCUGAAAUGUUGCGUGGAAUCAUGAACGUCGUGGUUGGGUCGAAAGAAAUAGUGAAGAUGAAAAUCACCAGCUCCGAAACAGAUCAAUGA